GUGGUGCUAUAAAUUCUGUUUCUUCCACUGAGGUUUGAAUGACGCAAACUUUAACAGUUUAUUUUGUAGAGAAGGCCCUAUUUUAUUGGUAGGAAGCUCCCGAGACAGACUCAGGUCAGUCAAACACCCCCAUAUUCACCAGACAUGCCAAAAGGGAGAACACUUAUAGUUGCCUAAGAGCAUAUGUUUACAACCAUCUUGGGUGGAAAAACCAAGAUGAUGAAAACAGUUGAAUCACUAAAUAUUGUUUCAUAAAAUAUCGGUUUUCCUUUCAGUGUAGCUUUUUUUUUUUUCUUUUUUAAAUAAAAAAGUUUGUCUGGAACUUUUCUGUUUUCACAGCGGUUUUGGAUUCACUGGCAUACUGCUCAGCACAUUCAUUCACUUUUCACAACUGCACCCAGAUGUAUUUCCUUCCUAAGAGCAACCAUGUUUCCUGCGCCUUCACGUCAUUGAGGUAAAAGCGAUGUGCCAUCUGUCGACUGGUCCAUUAACUCCAUUCAAGGUUAGGCUAUAUCAACAGAUGACUUGUUUUAGUUAGCAACCACACCCCCCCCCCCCUUCUUAUUCUGUUUCUAUAUAAAAAACCCAAACACACUGUGCUCUCACUUUUAAUUUUGCCAACACGAACAAACGGUGAGACAUACCUUCUCAACAGCCCUGUGUAAAUCUUUAUGUUGCGUUCACUUACUCGUUCAUGUUAGUUUUUUCUUGUCAUCAAAUCGACCAAUGCAUUAAAAAGUUUUUACGUUUUAUUUAAACUUUUAUUGAAACGUUGACCAUUUCCCAAUGGUGUCAAACUCAUCUGAAGGCACUGCACCAGCCACAGGCUCCUGGGCCACUGAUGGAAAUGAAUGCAAUCAUACUGAAGCCUGGGAGUGGGUUUACGCCAUGCAGCCAGCCUACAUGGGGGUCAUCUGUGUCCUGGGCAUGGCCGCCAACGCCUUCGUCCUCUGUGUAUUCUGCCUCCAGAGGGAACGCCGAACCGUAGCCGACGUCUACCUCGGCAAUCUCGCGUUGGCCGAUCUGGUCAUGGUCUCCUGCCUGCCAUUCUGGGUCGUGACCAUCACCCAAGAGUUCCACUGGUUGUUCGGGGAGGCGUUGUGCAAGCUGGUGGGCUUAACCAUCGCCAUGAAUUACUACUGCAGCAUCCUGUUCGUCACGAUGAUCAGCGUCGACCGCUACCUGGCCCUGGUCAGGCCCAUGUCGUCCGUCAGGCUGAGGGACGUGUCCUGGGCCAGAGUGCUCUGCCUCGCCGUCUGGGUGGUGGCCGGUCUCCUGAGCCUGCCAGCCCUGCUGUUCCGCACCGUCAAGCCCUUCCCGGAAUACGGGGUGGAGGCGUGCUACCUGGACUACCCCCACGAGGGCUGGAGGAUCCGCUACAACAUGACUGUCAACAUCUUGGGCUUCCUGAUCCCCCUCACGGUGCUGUCUUAUUGCAGCUACUGCAUCAUCACUGCCCUCAAGAACAACCAAAUGAGGAAGUAUUCUGCAGUAAGGACGGGGAGGAAGGCCAGACACCUGGUACUUAUUGUCCUUGUAGUCUUUAUUCUUUGCUGGCUGCCCUACCAGGUAGUCAUGUUCCUGGACACACUCUAUUACUACCAUGUUCUUAGAGGUUGCCUCUGGGCGAGUGGUAUUGAUAUUAGCAUUCAGCUGGCUACUUAUCUUGGUUAUGGCAACAGCUCACUCAACGCGUUCUUGUAUGCUAUUGUGGGGAAGCAUUUCAGGCAAAAGGCAACAAGGAUCUUUAAACACAUUCUCAACCGAAAAGACAAGAGUGAGACCUUGAAAACUAUUAAAUUUACAUCAAUCACUAGAUACAAUGAGUCCAUCAAUCUGGGUGAUUCCGAACUUUAUCUUAGAAAUACUUUAGAAUCAUCGAAUUAAAUUAGGCUAAUAUUCUGUGGAAAUGACAGAACAUGGAGUAAUAGAUGUUCAAUGUUUGAGGUAAUUUGUGAUUUAUUUUUUCCUUCUACACAUAUUUAAAAUAUAUAAUACCUGACAUGUCUGAAUGUAAAGAUCUUAAAAGUGACCUCUUCUCUGUAAAAAACAUUGUUAUCAUGAAUAAUGUGAAAUAACAUUAGGACCAUCAAGUGAUAAGUGGAUAAUUAUUUAUAAUUAAUAAUGAAAUUCUAUUAAUUUCUGUGAAGGAAACCAUUUAAAGUCAAAUGUUUGUUUGGUUUGCACUACUGAGUGUAUGUUUUGUGAUUUUUCAUUGUUCAUUAGUUCUUCACACAUCAAUUUUGUAUAACCUGUACUGGUCUGUGGCAAACUAAAUGGCAAAACUGAAUCAAACAAAACCUCAUGGCCUCUUUAUUAUAUUUAUUGUUUAUUCUUGACAGGGUUUGAAUUUUGCUUUCCACAUUUUCCUUACUGUUCUUUUGUCACCAUCUGGGUGAUGCACAGGAACCAUUUGGUACCAUAAUGCUAACCACAAUUAUAUGAAGUGGUGGGAAAGAAAGGCAGUUACAUUGGGAGAGGAUUGGAUGGCCAGGCUGAGAGCCUGUUUAGGCUGGAUAAAUAAGAUUGCCUGUUUAACUGGAUAAAUAACUACCUCUCUCUUAGCAGCUACCUUGGAUACCCAUCCCUGCCCAGUUUUACCAAGUGGUUCUGACCCAUCCACUUACUUAUGCCUAUUAAUUCUCCUACUUUAUAGUCUGAUACCAAUUUGAUAGGUACAAAAGUGCAGGGAUAUACUCAAGGAAUGUAGCAACUGAAAGACUGGAUAAGUUACACGCAACUGAGAUAUGAUGUGUAAGUUGGAUUUAUCUACAAGUUUUUUAUGUGUUUUUCCCCCUAGUAAUAUGUGGACCUCAACUGUCUCCCGCACCACCUUGCUAUGAGUGUAUUCUUUCAAAAUGUCUCAUUUUGUCAUUCCCACAGAGAGAAAAUGAUGUUGUGUGAAUUAUGUUCCCAGACAGCACAAUUUCUGUAGUUAAUCAAAAAAUUAACCUUCAAGUUGUACUCACUGCACUAAAUGGCAACACAUCUUAAUGCUUCUCGACAUCAUGAAAGUUUUUAUUUUUUCUUC